UUUGACUGACGGUUGAUCAGCGUCCACCAUGAGGGUCGUGCUGCUGCUCGUGCUCCUAACAGUGUCUGAGUGUGACAGCAGGAGUGUUGUUCGUCUGACGGGUCAGAGUGUCACUCUUCCCUGUAAAUACGACAGAAAGACUCACGGAGCUCUGUGGGCUUGUUGGGGUCGAGGACAGAUACCUUCUAGUGGCUGCAACAAUCAGCUGAUCGCUACAGAUGGAAAUAAAGUGGCCAGAGGAACCAGAAAGUCCAUCAGGUACCAGCUACAGGGACGACUGGAAGAAGGAGAUGUUUCUUUGACGAUCCUGAACCUCACAGAGGAAGAUGCCGGAAGAUACGGAUGCAGGCUGGCGAUAUCUGGAUGGUUCAAUGAUGACAAACAUCACUUUGACUUGACUGUCACAGCUCCUACCAACAUCCCACCAUCAACGUCAGGUGAAGAGACGAGAGCCACCAGUCCAGUUUCACCUGCUCCAAAGCACGAGAACACCAGCGAAGAUCUCAUGACCUCCACAGGAAACCUCCUGACUUCCUCCUCACCCAUCACAAAGUCGGCUGAGGAAGGCAGCAUGGUGACGGUGGUUCUGGUGUGUGUUCUGUUCCUGUUGGUGGUCCUGGUCACUACAGGCGGACUCAUAAUCAUCGCGAAAAGAUGGAACCAGCUCAAAGUGUCUCCACGGCAGCUGCUCCACUCUGGUUCCACGUUAACCAACCUGCAGCUGCAGCGCCAACCUUCAGCCACCGAGAACAUCUACCAGAUCGACGAAGACGUCCAACAGUUCGACGAAGACGUCUACGAGUACAGCCCCUGAGCCCCGAGGCUCCGCCCACUGAAGGCAGCAAACAUUUUGAAGGACGUGUGUAUGGAAACCAGAAACUGUUCAAUGGUUCAGAACAAACUUCAAAAGGUUGCUGUUCUGAGAUUACCGCUGAGGCCGUGUCAGAGGUGUAAUAGACUCCAUGUGGAGUCCGGUUUGUUUCAGAGCUGAAUGCUGGAGGACCACCGAGUCAGCUACCCAUCCAAACACAACCAAGUCUCCCUGCUGCAUACAGUAGAUGAGAACAAGCGUGUCUCUGAUUAACCAGUUACCAAUCAUCUGUAGCAGGGAAUAGAUUUCCUGAAACCGUCUUCAUACACAUGGGUCUGAAAGGCCUUCGGUCGCUAAGCGAGGCCUUUGUUACGGCUGUCUUUGGCUCAACAGAACAUAGUAGCCCAGGUCACUGAGGCAACCAAACAACAUCCGAUAUCCAGUACCAAUCUAAUACUCAUUACUAAUCUGAUACCUGAUACUGAUCUGAUAUUGAUCCUGAUACUGCCAUGAAACCUAGACUGAUCUGACACCCGCUACGGAUCCCAAGCUCAAACUUGAUCCAAUACUUUACCGUCCCAAUAUUCUAUACGAGUCACCACCUCAUAUUGAUCUGAUACCCAAUACUGAGUCCGUACUUAAUGAUACAGUGAUGCAAUACUAAAUAUUGAUCUCAACCCAACCCAAUAGCGUCAAUAGUGAAAAGACUGAAGACAUCACAACAUCACAUCGGUAUAUAUGUGCUGGACUGUUAUCAAAAUGUUAAAAUGUUUGGUUUAAGGCUUUUCUGCCACUAGGGGAGUUUUACCUACCGUUGUUUAAAUUUAUGUAAUCAUUGCUCAGGGGUCAUGUUCUGCGUCUCUGGAAAGCUCCUAGAGACAAUCUAUGUUGUUAUAGUGAGUGUAUGUAUGUAAAUAAAAUUUAAUUCAAAUGAAUUGAACACACUCAAAAGCACUAGACGUAAAAUGUUAAAUGAAGACAAAUUAAGACAGAAAACCAGUUAACUGCAUUGGGUUCACAUACUUUUUCUUGUACUGUGUAAAUAGAAUAUUUAGGCUCAUUUAACUAAUUUCUUAGUGUUUCACAAGAGUAAAACCAAAAAAAAAUCUGGAUUAAGACUGAUUACAGACUGUGUAGCUACACCGGUUCAACAAAGGGCCACGAUUCAUACUGAUGUCUUGAUUUUCUCUCUUUAUUUCUCCUUCUCCUCCGUCGUCAAAAUCAUAUAACACCGUGAAAACUACAAACAGAAGCAGAAAGUCCAUAUGAGUCCAUUGUAAUUAAAUGCUGACCCAACUUAUACAAAUAAAUACUUGAAGUGUCCAGUCUUUUCAAGCAUUUUGUACACAAUCACAAACUAAAUAAAAUACAUUUGAUGUUAAGACACAAUUACCGUUUGCGCCUCUUGAACACAGUGCAAUUCUUUAUCCCGUGUCAUGCCAUCCUGCCUCCAUUGUCUGUGGUCCCGCGCUUUACUUUUUGACCCACAAUCCCUCAGUUGACCAGGGGAAGUGAC